AUGCUUUGCUGUGCUGGGCACCUGGCGUCCCUUCUCCUCUUCGCGCUGCUCUCUUUUUCCUCCCUUCUGCUCGUCGUCGGAUCCCAUCAGGACCAGGAAUUCCGUGAAGCUGUUGGAUCCAGAAUUCUUCUUCAAACAAAUCCAGAUGCACAUGAGGUGCAUUGCUCAAGGGAAAGGAGCCGUGCAGCUUGGGAAGCUAUUGAUGAGUAUUUGAUGCCCUUCGUGGAAAAAGAGAAAUAUGAGCUCCCAAGCAAAUGUAGACUUCGUCCUGAUAAUGACAUGUUUCGGGAGCAAGAGCAACAUAAGAUUCAUUUUGAUAUUAAUGAGUGGCAUUGUGGCUUUUGCAAGAAAGCUUUCCGAGCAGAGAAGUUCCUUGAUCAACAUUUUGAAAAUCGGCACAAGAAUCUUGUGGAUAAUAGCGAAGGAAGAUGCAUGGCAGAUCUAUGCGGAGCACUUCACUGCGAUCUGAUGAUGCAGUUCAAGAAACCAAAAAGUAAAUGCAAUGCAGCUGCAGCUACAAGGAAUCGUCAUCUUUGUGAGAGCCUUGCAGACAGUUGCUUUCCAGUUAAUCAAGGUCUUGCUGCCAGCCGUCUUCAUGAAUUCUUCUUGCGCCAAUUUUGUGAUGCUCACAUUUGCAAUAAGGGAACUAAACCUUUCCCGAAAGGUGGCAGGAAACAAACAAACAGGUUUUACUUGGCUCUCUGCAUCUUGACACUGAUACUUUUGCCCCUGUUCUAUCUCAUUGUGUUCCUGCACCAGAGGGAAAUGAGGAAAGGCACCCAAGAUCUAAAACGGUUUUCAAAAAUUGGGCAGAAGAAAAAGCCAUCCUAG